AUUAUAUAAGAUGGAGAUGAAAGAGUUGGUGUUUGUGGUUGUGAUAUGCUUAUCAUCAUUUGUGGCGUGUUUGGGCGACACGAACCCAUCAUCAGAGGCAUUAUUAUUGCGAGCACCACCAAAACGUCAGCCAGGCUUUAAGUAUUUCUUGCUUGCCUUGCAAUGGCCUAACCAAUAUUGCAGCACCACACGCUGCAACCCCCCCAUCCCCACCCAAGAUUUCACCAUCCAUGGACUUUGGCCCCAGGCCAAAGAUGGUGCAGUGAACUGCAAAACAAAAGAAGUGCUCACCGACGAAACCCUUGAAGAGUUGAGGGAUAAUUACGAGCUGCUCACAUACUGGCCUGAUCUAAAGAAUGCAGAAGACUUUGAAAGCAGCAAGAAAUUUUGGAGAGACGAGUGGAAAAAGCACGGAACCUGUUCUGCAAACAAGUUCAAGGCAUUAGACUACUUCCAAAAAAGUAUUUAUCUGGCCAAAAUGUACUCGGACAAAAUCUCCCAGGCUCUGAAAGACAGAGGUGUGAAAGCAGAUGGAGGUAGUUAUCGGCAGUUGGAUAUACUUCACGCCGUCGUAGAAGCUACCGGUUCUGUUCCCUCACUAAGCCUCACCGAUACUGGCAGUGGUAAAUCUCUGGCUGAGAUUCGUCUGUGUGUGAAAGACGACGCCCUUACACUCUGCGACAAUACAUUUAUCAAAUUUGCUGGUCCUCCUGCUGUUUCACCUCCACCUCGCUCUACCGGGUGGGUGUCUUAUGCCUUGGAGCAGUAG